AUGCUCAACACGGCCUACGGUGAUGUAGCCAUGAAGCGGACUGCAUGUUUCAAGUGGCAUGAACGUUUCAAGGGUGGCCGGCAGUCAAUUGGCGAUGAUGAGCGUCCUGGGUGUCCUUUAACAUCAACUGACGAACCACACGUUGACAAAAUCAUCACCCUAGUGCGCGAAAAUCGACGUCUGACCAUUAGGGAGCUUGCCGAAGAGUCUGGGAUAUCAGAUGGAUCUUGUUACGUGAUUUUGACUGAAAAAUUGAACAUGCACUGCGUCACUGCGGAAUUUGUGCCACGCCUGAUGACCAAAGACCAACAAGCCAAUCGCGUCCGGGUUUGUCAGGAACUGCUUGAUCGUUCAGAUAAAGAUGAGAACUUUUUGUCACGAAUUAUAACCGGUGAUGAAUCAUACAUUUUUUUAUGA